AUGGGCGGUGUUUGGGCUGUACCGGUAGCUUGGACCGGCAUUUUCAGCCAGAUUGGACAGGUCAUGCAAGCAAGUGAGCUUCUAUUAUUCAUCCAGCGCAGCCAAACAGCUCAGAAGGUUAUCGACGCAUUUGCCGGGGUUUUGCCAACGGUUGCACUCGCUACCAUACUCUUUCUUCUCCCCUAUAUCUUAGAUUAUUUGGCGGAGUUCAAAGGUGCCAAGACAAAGGUUCAGAAAGGUGAAUUUGUCCAGGCGUACUACUUUAUAUUCCUCUUCACACAGCUUUUCCUCGUUGUCUCUAUUGCCUCAUUCUUUGCUUCUUCGUUCAAGGAACUGGUCCUACGCCUUGGAGAUUUGAAGACUGCCGGAGACGUCAUGCGCCUUCUUGCGGUCAAUCUGCCCAAGGGUGCCAACUACUUCUUCUCCUAUAUGGUUCUACAGGCACUCUCCGCCAGCUCUGCUACACUCCUUCAAUACGGUACACUCAUUUCCUGGUUUUUUAUUGCAAGAUUCUUUGAUGCGACUGCGCGCGAGAAAUGGGCGCGAAAUACGACCAUUGGAAGCAUUCGGCUGGGUGCCCUAUUUCCCGUGUAUACGAACUUUGGGUGCAUUGCCUUAAUAUAUAGCGUGAUCGCGCCUUUGAUAUCCCUGUUAGCUGUGCUAACCUUUGGUCUAUUAUGGCUCGCGCAACGCUACGCUCUGCUUUACGUCACACGCUUAGACUAUGACACUGGUGGCACUCUCUAUCCUCGGGCAAUCAACCAAACAUUCACUGGGGUAUAUGUGAUGGAACUUUGCGUCACGGGUUUAUUUUUCAUAGCUAGGGACGAGCGGGGGACAGCUUCAUGCACUCCACAAGCUAUUAUCAUGAGCUUCAUAUUGGUCGCUACUGCCAUAUACCAAAUCCUUCUUAACAAGACAUUUUCGCCUCUGUUUCACCAUCUUCCCAUCACCUUUGAAGAUGAAGCCAUACUUCGGGAUCAAGCUUUUGAACGAGCGCAGAGCUAUCGACAUGAGUCCUCCAUACGACCUGGAGACACCCUGGGCUCGGUACCUGAUGCGCGAGUCGAGCAUCGCGGAGUUAAGCGUGCCAUGACGGAUGCAUUGUUUGGGGGAAUUCCUGACGAGCUGGAGGACUUGGAAGCGUGGGAAAGAGAACAACUCGUCAUCCCAGCCUUCCAGCACGAAGCCAUCCGUUCUCGUCGCCCAAUAGUUUGGAUCCCUCGGGACAACCUUGGUAUUAGCUUGGAUGAAAUCGAGCAGACGAGGAAGUAUAGCGAGUACAUUGCUAUAACUGAUGAGGGAACUGCCGUUGACAGCAAAGGACGAGUUGUCUACGGCAAGAAUCCACCCGACUUCUCAAUGUUAGACCAUAUUAGCUUGUGA